AUGAAACCACUUUCAGCUGCUCAAAACUUCCGGCAGCAUCAACGAAUAACCACCACGCUGAGGCAAAUCUGCGAGGCUUAUCCUCCGAACACGUGCCUUCGCGAGCUUCUCCAGAAUGCUGACGAUGCCGGGGCGACCGAAGUUGAGUACGUCCUCGACACUAAGUCGUAUCCAGAGCGACCGCUCUUGCAUGAAGAAUUAGCGGAUUACUGCGGUCCAGCUCUUUUGGUGCGGAACGACAGUGUUUUCAAGGACGAGGACUUCCAAAGCCUUUCCACCAUAGGAGAUUCCGUCAAACGCUUCGAUCCCGCCACAACAGGACGAUUCGGACAAGACGGCCCGUGGGUUUAUUCGCGCAAUCUUCUCCUGCUGCUGGACCCUCAUGAGAGAUGGUCCAAGAGCUUUGAGGCGGGUGCAGGUGGUCCCGCGUUUGAUGUCGUGGGUAAUCAUGCAGUCCCAGAGAUACAGAACAUGAUGAAGCAUUUUGCUGUUUUUGACGUGCGACCGAGUCAAGAAAGACCAGAUACUAUCAUCCGUAUACCACUCCGGACGAGUCUUCAGGCUAAGAAUAGCGAGAUUGUUCGACACUCUGUUAGCGUUGCCAAUGUUACGGAAAUUCUAAAGCAAUUUAGCAAGGACAUUCAGCAAGGGGGCCUGCUAUUCCUGAAGAACAUUCGAAAAGUGGUCAUUAAAGUCAAUAAAAAAGUCAUAAGUUCCGCUGAAAUACCUACCGGAACUAGUGACGCUGAGUGA